AUGAGUGAUAAAAGUAAAUUCAAAUAUAUUUUAACACUACAAGUGCUCAAGACGGAAUGGGACAAGGACGAGGACGUGGAGGAGUCGUGGAGGCGAUGCCAGGACGACCUGAUCAAGGCGCAAGGGAAGUUCGAGGACGAGGACGAGGAGGUGGACGUAGAGGAGUCGUGGAGGUGGCGAUGCCAGGACAACCCACUACAAGCGCUCAAGGAGUGGGGCAAGUUCGAGGACGAGGAGGACGUGGGAGAAAGAGAGGGCGAGAUGAACAAGUUGGCGGAUUCUCUUCGGGAGAUGAAAUUGGCGAGGAAGGCGGACACGCGACGGAUGGCAGCGUUAUCUACGGAAGCUCGUCGACAGCACCUAGAGCUAAAGCGACGUUCUGGUUUGGAGCGGAUGCUGUUGCCAGAUGCGCCACCUCGCAAACGGCAAACAAAGCGGGCAUCUCCAGAACGUCAGCAAUGCGUAAUGGUUGCCAGACCAGUCGACGAGCUAUGUGACGAAUUAAACCCCGUAGAACCAACUCAGGUCGUGGUCUCGACGUCCAGAGAAGCUGAUUUUUCUGAACCCGCCACGACUUCUGGGUUGGCCCGGUCUUCCUGCCGAGCAAAUGUUUCUCUCGAAGAUGUUUACGAAUCGUCACUCUCCGAAGACGGAAUGGGGGAUAUUGGUGCAGAAGUUGUACUGGCUGCAUCAACCUCGCCUUGUACACCGGGGCCAUCUAACAUCAGUGUCAUCGACCACGACUAUUAUAUUGACGUAGAAAACUGGUUAGCAGACGUAUGUAAAAGCGGGGACGAGUUAGAAGUUGACGUUGACAAUGACAAUUCUGCUAUCCCAUUUUUUGACUUUACCACAGACGAACCGGCAUGUAACAGUGACCUAACAGAACUGCAAGAGGAAGUGUUACAGAGGGAAGAUGUCGCUAAUGAUGCAGCAUUACGCGAUAUCGCGCCUGAUGAUUGUUACACUUUCGCUUGGAGUAAGGACAGAGAGACUUUUCAGGGACGACGUGAAACAUUCACAGGUACAUCUGGACCGACUUUUAAUUUGACGGACCAAACCGAACCGACAGACAUUUUUGACAGGACUUUUGACAUGGACUUUAUUGACCUUUUGUGUACGGAGACCAACAGGAAUGCGGAGCAAAAGAUAUCUUUAAUGCGAGAACUAAACAAGCUAGCUCCGCAUUCCCGUUUCAACCGUUGCCUAUACAUGCCUUCACAAGAGAUAGUCAUUGACGAAUCUCUUCUGAAGUGGAAUGGGAGACUUAGUUUUGCUCAGAAGAUUUCGUCGAAGGUCGCACAGGUCGGAGUGAAGACGUAUGAGCUGUGCGAAUCUUCAAGUGGCUAUCUCUGGAAGUUCUUUGUAUAUGCUGGAAAAGACAAGCCGACAUUGACUACUGACGGAAUCGACGGACGGGAUACAGAAUUAGAACUGACAAAUGACAGACCAAUCGGGAACGAUGCUUUUGACAGAUUUGACGAUGACGGGACUAGCGACAGACUUACGACUGGUGGAAGCGCAGACCGUCCCAUGAGCGCUACUGCCGUAAUUGUGUAUAAAUUAAUCCAACCACUACUUCACCUUGGACAUACUGUAAUAAUGGACAAUUUUUACAAGUCCAUUAUUACUACGGACUUUAAAAAAACAGAAGACAGACUGCUACGGAACAUUGAGAUUGAAUCGAGAAUUCGUUCC